ACCGAAGGUCGACGCUGUUCUCGAUCUCGAUAAAGUAUUUUUGGUUAGGUUAAUAGCUGUGCAGAAGAUAUUUUAACAUGAUUUCAGUGAUCAAGUAACUCUACAUUAUAAUAAAAUGGAUGUUGCUGGAGAUUUAACGCUACAAUGGGUGGAGGAGGUGGGAAAUGUUAUUCAUGAGGAAGUAAUAUGUGGUUUAGAGGCAGAGUUAGUUGCCCCAGAGGAAGAAGUGAUAGGGGCUUGCGAGGAAGUUACAGUUGAGGAAACUGUGGAAUCUGUUCCUGAUGUUACUUCUACAACAGAGUCAGAGAUAUUAAUGGUUCCACAGUCAAGUGACAUGGAAUCUAUUUACAUAGUACCACAAGAUCAAGGUCACGAUUACCUAAACAUACAAGUUACAGAAGAAGUAAUUGCGGAUAAUUGGGACAGAUCCGGGCCUGAGGAUGGGGUUGAGAUACCGGAUCCCAAAGUAUCCCAUGACAAUUUACUUGAAUAUGAUGAUAUGGAAAUACCAUUACCGAUCGAUCAGGAUUCUUAUACAACUAGUAGACCGUAUCCGUGUGAUUUUUGUAGCAGAAGGUUCAGGAAAAAGGCAAAUUUAAUGAAUCACAUGGUGGCACAUCAAACGGAUCGUCCACAUGGUUGCAAUCUGUGUGGAGCACGUUACGCUCGGAAGUGUGAUCUUAUGAAUCAUUUGAAGAUUCAUGCGUACGCGCCGUCCCGAGAUGGUCUCGAAGAUGAUUUAAACGACGAUGAUCCAUUGGCAGCAGAGGAGGAAGAAUCUACCAAGGGUAGACGUAAAAAAGUUCAGUCCAGUGCACCAAGGAAACGGAAAAAUAAUUCGUCUAUCCCAAAGCGCGGUAUCGAAGACAGUAAAAUGGAUAUGGGCAAGUACGUCGAUGAAUCUUACGAUUAUGUUGACGAAGAUGCGCGUUUGUUAGAAGAAAUGACCAGUAGACAUUCUACAUGCAGUGGUAACUAUGCAUCAAGCUCGAAGUGGAACGAUCAGAUAUCGUCCGUGUCAGCUGAACCUCAGCCGCCAAGGUGGCCUAUAACCGAUCCGACAAAACCGUAUGUCUGUCAAUUCUGCGGUGUUGGUUUUGCACGGGAAAAGGCACUUGCGUCUCAUGCACGCAUACAUGGUGGUGACAGUCCAUUUGAAUGCACAUCGUGCGGCGACAUGUUCUGGGAUGUAAACAGUUUAAGGGAUCACGUGCGUAUUAAGCAUGGUGGCACUGUACAAUCCGAUACCGAAGAAUACGACAAUGAUGCUACAUACACAGGCGAUGAAAGAUUUGGAGAAUUCUAUUGCAACACCUGUGGUGUUCCGUUUCACCGUUUGGAUUUACUUAAGCGUCACCAAAAGAUACAUAUUAGGCAAGAAGGUGAUAUGAUGGAAGGAUCGAGUCAACAUCAUGUUUGCAAUGUGUGUGGAGAAUGGUUCGAGGAGGCUUUAGCAUUGCUGGCGCAUGCUGAACUCCAUGCUAGGUAAUCACCCAGUCGCCGGUGCUUGUUGUGCGGCGAACGAUGUCGCGACGAUGCUGAAGUUGCGGAACACGUCCGUCAAAAUCAUGCCGAAGAUGCGCCACCGAAUACGUGUACACUUUGUGGGAAAACUUGUAAAGAUAAACGCAGUUUAUUAAAACAUUCAUGGGUUCAUAACGUUGACAAAACUUUUGGAUGUACAAAAUGUGGGAAACGUUUUCACAGCAAAGCUAGAUUACGAAGACAUAUGGUGUCGCAUCGUAAUAAGAUGGUAGUUUGCGACGAAUGCGGAGAAGAAUUUCCCGACGGUAGAGCCUUGGUUAGCCAUCGUCAUUCACACAAUAAAGAUUUGGGCGGCCGUUCUUUUCCAUGCAGAGAAUGUGGAAAAACAUUCGGAAGUCGCAGUUCCCAACAGAUUCAUAUACGUAUCCAUACUGGAGAAAGGCCGUACGGAUGUAGAUUUUGUUGGAAAGCGUUUGCUGAUGGUGGAACCUUGAGAAAACACGAACGUAUUCAUACAGGCGAGAAACCAUAUGGAUGUGCUAUCUGCCCACGUGCUUUCAAUCAAAGAGUUGUUCUCCGAGAGCAUGUUCGUGCUCAUCAUUCAGGGCCCGAUCCGAAAUGCGUAGGUAGCAUUACACCGUAUUUGUGUAAAGUAUGCGGCGAUGCGUACGCAACGUCUGAAGAGAUAGUUGCUCACAUUGUACAACAUUGUGACGAUAAUACUGCGCUCAGACGUCAGCCGCAAACUGGACCGCGUAAAUAUAAAAGAAGACGUAAACUUAAGCCUCAUGAAACCAACACAAUGUUGCGAAUGGGUGAACAGUACGACAUGAUGGAAGGUGGUUCUGAUUCAGAUGAUAAUACAAAGAGAAAACUUGGUAGAAAGAAUAAGCAACAUCGGUCCAAUGUUGAAGAAGGAUAUCAAAAUGUUCUUAAAAGUUUCGAGAGCUCUUUGCAAAACAUAAACUCGAUCGUUAGUAACUCGAAGUUGAAUCCAGGAAAGUCUAAGCUCUCCAAGAAGAAGCUUAGGAAGGAGGAGAAGAAGAACGAAGCCCAAACUUCGUGUCAACCCGGUAGACCAAAAAUGAUUCACACGCAAAAGACAAGAGUGCCUGUAGAAAUCGGUAGUGAUGGAGUCAAGAAGGGACAAAAAACUAAAACUAUGGUAACAAGGACUCCGAAAGUAAUGCCAAAUGAACAUAAAUUAGGAAUCUUUCCAGGCGGUGAAAGAAAUAGGCCAAGAACAAAGAAUGUUAGUUAUCAUAUCGAAGGGAAACUUCAACCAGCACCGGCAACAUUCCCAAAACCAAAGGAUGAGAUUUCAAAAGCUCUGACGCCAACGCAUCAAUUGUUGCCGUUAACACAUAUAAAACUCGAACCUAAUAUGCCAAGAACACCCAGUAACAAUCACAGAAAUAACAACGGGAAUAUUCUUGGUAUUAAUAACGAAAAGAUGGAAGCAACGACCCGAAAGAGGUCGGGUGUCUUGAAGAAGGUUAAGAAGCAGAAACACGGAAUCAAGCAAGAACCAAUGGAUAUUGAUCAGGAAGAGAUACAGAAUAAUAAUAAUACAGAUAACGCAGAUUCCGCAAGAUUAAUGGAACAUGCGGUAGACGGAAGUAAUCUGGAAGUUGCAUUUGAAGCAAGUGUCACUGCUGAAGAAGAUAAGUAUCUUCCUGACGUGGGGGAAGUAAAUAAUCGCGAAGACAUUGGAGCUGGAAAUGUAAAGCUUAGUGUAAAAGUCGAAUCGACACCUCAACGAAUGUUGGCUGUCCACCAUAGUGUCAUAACACCCGUGGAUGAUAUUCCAGAAACUAUAAUACCAGAUGCUGUGGAGUAUACAUGUGAGAUGUGUUCUGCAGUAUUUUCCAGCCGUGCUGAGUUGUUGGUGCAUGUUCCAAUACAUAUUUGAUUUAAUUUGUUCAACGCAAUUAAAAGAGGUAUGCGAAUUUGUUCUAUUCUAAGAAUGUUUGUUUAAUCAAGCAAUAUUUUAACAUGGUCGAUGAAGAU